AAGCGGGACAUCUGGUCACCCUAAGUGUAUCGUUUACAGUGCUGGAUGAAGUAUUUUAUUUAAAAUAAAAUACGAAAAUGUAAAAAUACUACAAGUAAAAGUCUUUCAAACUAAAUGUUACCUAAUAUAAGGAAAAGUAUAGGUUCAAGGUUCAAGGUUUUUUAUUUUGUCAUACGAACAUAGCUAUAGUGUAGUUAUGACGAUGAAAAUCUUAGGUCAUCUGAUCUAACCAAUCAAGUAUGCCUAAAGUACUAGGAUAUAAAUAACUCAUUGUGCAGAAUUGCCCCUUUCAGUAAUAUUUUUAUUUAGUUUAUACAAUUAUUAUUAUUAUUAGUGCAAUACCAGAGCUGUUAUGGAAGGUUAUAUCAGUAGCGAAGUCCCUCCCCUUCCCUUUAUGAAUCGUUUUCUGCGAAAUGAUUGGCCGACUAUGAAAGUACUUCCUGUAAACAUUGACUCUGAUUGGUUCCUCGUCGUUUGACGUUCCGGAUGUUGCAUGUUUUUUUCCGGCCGGCUCACCCAUGGAUGUAGGGCUCACCGUUCCGUUCUCGGUAAAAUGGCAGAGGUCGGUCAUAGGCUAGGGAGCGGGGCUUACCGGCUGUCCGCCCUCAGAAACAGCCAGAGUUGGUCGGUGUGCACCGGAGAGAGUCCCGGUCCUCUGCUGGUCAACUCCCUCAGUGACAGCCGGUGUAAAGAGCAGUCAACCCGGGACCAACAUCAUGAAGUUCAGCCAGUGUCAAGAAGCAAAGCAACACGACUCAAACCAGAGAAACUUUCCGGAGUGACAACAAGUGAAAGUCCACAGAAAAAUGGGACUUUGGGCUGUGUCAGGUAUUUGGAGCUGGAUUCAUCCCGGUUUAUCAGAGAGAGACUUAACACUUACACAACAUCCCUGUACCUCUCAGCGAGGCAGCAGGAGAGGCUGCUGCCCGGCAGGAUGACAUCCUGGAGCAGAGGAGCUGUUUUCAUCCACCCUGACACCUUCAGGUCAGGGCAGGGGUCAGACAGGUGGAGGCGUCUGAAAGCCCAUCCUAAUACCAUGCAGGUAUCUACCAGAAGCUACAGCUGGAAGAGUGACCGCAGCUCAGAGGAGGCUCCCAUUAUGUACAGAGCAAGGACGACUUAUUACGACAUCCUCAGAGUGUCCCCUGGUGCCACACAGUCCCAGAUCAAGACAGCCUACUACAAGCAGUCUUUUCUUUUCCACCCUGACAAGAACCCAGGGAACGAUGAGGCCACGCAGCGCUUCUUUGAUAUAAGCAAGGCCUACACAGUGCUGGGAAACAUUGGCCUCAGGAGGAAGUAUGACCGUGGGAUUCUCAGCAGUUCAGAUGUUCACAGUGCAGGGAGACCUUCCUCCAAAGAGACCAUGAGCAAAUCCUCAGCCCCCCCACAUCAGCAACACUACAGAACCAGGCAGUUCUCCCAAACUGGGAAGAAGGCCAUGUUUGAUUUUGAUGCUUUUUAUCAGGCUCACUAUGGGGAGCAGCUGCAGAGGGAGAAGGACAUGAGAGCCAGGAAGCAGCGCCUGCAGGAGCAGAAGAAGGAGAACCUCAACAAGUGGAAGGAGGGAAGACAUUUGGACUUGACUAUGAUAGUGCUGAUGGCCAUGGCAGGCGUUCUCGUUGUGAAUCUCAGCAUAUCCUGAAAUAGAUGCAGCACCUUGGCGGGUGCCUCUCUGGGGUUGCAUGUUACAACUCUCAGGGAGGAGAAAGAGGGGGAGAGAGAGUGCUACCUCAGACUGUUUUGCAAGUGUUGCACGGUUUUUGACAGUUGAAGAUGAUUUUUUCUUGUGUGUUUUUAAGGAGCAAACAAAGGCUGAAUCACUGGUUAGAGGCCAAAGAUUGGUAUUUAUAAACUGUGUCAUUAGCUGAUUGUUUCAAAACAGCAACUGAGCAUAUUACUUUUCCUCAUUCAUUCACUUUAAGACUGUAAAAACCAGCAGAAACAAAAACUGCAAACACUUACCUAAAAAGUGGGUGCUGAAUGAUCAUACAUCAGAAACGUCAAGAGAGAGAACAUUUACAAAUCGUAUGUACAGGUAAUAUUAUAUUUCACUCUUAAUGGCUUUCUCACCGUUGAUUUAUUUUAACCUAGGUUUCAGAGACAUCAUUACAAUCUUGUCAAAUGGUCACUCUCCUUAUCUCAAGAAGCUGAUGUAGACUGUUAUGGAGGUUUAGUUUUUGUGCCAUCAACAUCUGUACCACCAGGUGUGAAGUUUCUGUGUCUGCACUUAUUUAUUUCAUUUCCAUAGGGACAAGUCUGAAGCCAAACCACCCUUAUUGGCAGCUCUCAUUGAAUUCCUUUCACCCACAUGCUGCACAAGGAUGUGAACAUUGAAUGUCUGAGGCUGGAACACGCACAAUCCCUUUGCCUUUCCUUACACACUGCAUCUGUAAUUCAGGAAAUCACUUUGAAGUGUGCAAAUGUAAGAUUAUUAGAAAAAUAAUACACAUGUAUACACCUAUUUUUGAGAGUGUAUCGAUCUACUGUAUAUUAUGUUAAAUUAAAAAUUAAAAUUUAUUUUUAAUAGGGGUAACUGUAUAAACCAACUCUCAACCAACAGUUUGAUUCAUAUUUUUUAAAUAGUUUUAUUUAUCAAUGAAGAUCAUAGUUUGUGAUUACCCAGAAUGCUUUGCGUGUUUUUUUUUCUUUCUGCAAUUCUAUAAGAUCUGACCUCUAGAGGGCGCCUGAGCACAUCCAAAUCAUCAUAGGCUUCAGUUGGAGGCCUCUGUGUAGUCUGUAAUGGACGAUACUCAUUUAUGGUAUGGAAGUCUGCUGAGAGCUGCUGUUGUUGAUAAUACAUCAGUUUAUUUCCUUGAAGAUGCUUCCCAGUAGAAACUUCCAACAUGGUUCAUUUCUGGGAUUAAAGGAAUACUUCGCCAACAGAAGGAAUAUUUGUCAAUUACUCACGGUGUGUUACCUUGAAUUCUAGGAGAAUUAUUUUUUUCCAUAUGCCUAUAGUGAACGAAUAAUUAAAAAAAGACUUGUCUUGAAUGAAAGUAUAUGGGGCUGAACUUUCACAACAGUAAAACUAUAUCCAAACAUUUUCACUCUCAUAAUUUUUGUAUAUGUAAUAGAAAGUAGUUAAUUUAAUGUCUUAUUUAUCCAGUUGUAUUCUCAGUAUUUCCCUUACUAUUUAAGACAAUUCUGCAUAGACAGUCUUACGUUUGUGCAGGCAUGCCUCUUUUAAAUAGAAGAUUUAAGCAAAAAAUACACAUGUUUUGUUAAAUGUAUUUUGAAGGAACUGUGAAUGAAAUUGAGACUUGGAUUAUACUUUACAAGUUGUGUGAGAGUUUGUAGCCUGAUGUUUUGAUGCAGUUUUGCCGUUGUUAAAUGGCCCAAAACUUAAAUUCAUUACUUGCAUGAAAGAUAAAUGUUUUCUUCAAGAAUUCAAGGUUACAUGGGUUGAGUAGUUAAGAAUCAAAUGGACAUUUUGUUGGUAAAGAAUUCUUUCAAGUUAUCAGUGUUUAAACUGACUGUAGUGGUCAAACAAGUCAAACCCUUUGAACUAUGAUACUGCUGCACUAGAUCUCAUAAUACAAAUGUGUGGUAGCAUUAGGGCCUAAAUAUGGAAGAUAGGCUGACUCUGUUUCAUUUAAUAAUAUAAACUGA